CGUGGGCCUUUGCCAGGCGCCGUCAGGUCCCGCCGGACUGGCCCGACGGCGCGGCCGAGACGGGCCCACCUGCCGCCCCGGGCCGCAGGAACCCGGGUAGCCAGGGUCGGACGCCCUGGGUAACUGAAAUCAGGUGGAGAAAGACCUGAGGCCAAAGGCAGGGACUGCACGGCGAGCUCAGCACUUCUGGCACUGGGAACAGCGUGCGGAAAGGGGACCUCGGUGUCUUGAAGUGGACUCUGAACCCGGACUUGAACCAUCUUUAAGUUCUGGAUGCAGAGAAGUGGGAGAUGGAACUUUCCAGACGCCCUGUGGGAUGGGAACGUAGAUGGUGUCCUCGCCAUCGUCUUCCUGUAGAGCCAUCUCAGUGGAAAUUGCUUCGACAGGAACUGUUGAGGUAUCUGGAAUACUUCUUGAUGGCUGUUGUUAGUGGGUGUCAGAUGUCUGCCCCACCGAAGAGGACUGAAGCCAUGUGGGAAGAUUUCAUCACCUGCUUAAAGGAUCAAGAUCUGAUAUUUUCUGCAGCAUUUGAGGCCCAGUCUUGCUACCUCUUAAUGAAAACUGCUCUUUCUAGACCUUUGCUUUUGAUUUUAGAUGACAACUUUUAUUAUCAAAGUAUGAGAUAUGAAGUCUACCAACUGGCUCGGAAAUAUUCGUUAGGCUUUUGCCAGCUCUUUUUAGAUUGUCCUCUUGAGACCUGUUUACAGAGGAAUGGCCAGAGACCACGGGCACUACCUGCUGAGACCAUCCAUCUGAUGGGAAGAAAGAUAGAAAAGCCCAACCCUGAGAAAAAUGCUUGGGAACACAACAGCCUCACAAUUCAGAGUCCAGCAUGUGCUUCAGAGGCCAGCCUGGAAGUGACUGACUUACUGCGUAUAGCUUUGGAAAAUCCAGUAAAAUAUGUUGAGGACAAUGUGGAACAAAAGGAAACAGACAGAAUGAUAUGUUCAACUAACAUUCUUCAUAAAGUUGAUCAGACACUCCGAAGAAUUGUGUCUCAGACGAUGAAGGAAGCAAAAGAUGAACAAGUGCUUCCUUACAACUUGAAGCUUCUAGCAGAAGAACUUAAUAAACUCAAAACAGAGUUUUUGGAAGACCUAAGACAAGGAAACAAAAAAUAUCUGUGCUUUCAACAAAUUAUUGACAUACCAGAUGUCAUUUCUUUUUUUCAUUAUGAGAAAGAUAAUAUUGUACAGAAAUAUUUUUCAAAGCAGCAUUAAAAUAUCUGAAUUUCCAA